GCGGGGCAGCGCAGCGCUCAGCGUAGCCGGUGGCGGGCGGGGAGCGGCGCGGGCCGGUUCGUCCGUUGUAGCGUCUCUUUCGGGCACCGACCGCGCCUCCCCGCCUGCGCCCCGCGGGACCCUCCUCUCUCAAACAGCUUGUUUUUGUUGUUGUUAUUAUUAUUUUUUUUCCUCCCGGCACUUCCGGGUGACUCGGGCUCCUCUUCCGGCGCGUUCGGGCUGCGGGGGGCGAUGCUGGUGGCGGAGGCCGCGCCCGCUCCGGGCCCUGCGGAGAAACUCGGCGAGCGCUUCAGCGUCCUGACGUGGGAGCAGGUGCAGCGGCUGGACCAGAUCCUGGGCGAGGCCGUGCCCAUCCACGGCCGCGGGAACUUCCCCACGCUCUCGGUGCGGCCCCGGACCAUCGUCCAGGUUGUCCGUAGUCGCCUGGAGAAGAAAGGAAUCGCAGUGCAUAACGUAAGGUUGAAUGGCUCAGCAGCCAGUCACGUUCUACAUCAAGACAGUGGCUUGGGGUACAAAGACUUAGACCUCAUCUUCGGUGUGGAUCUGAAGACUGAAGAUGUGUUCCAGCUGGUGAAGGACGUGGUCAUGGAUUGCCUUCUCGACUUCCUCCCAGAAGGUGUCAACAAAGACAAGAUCACCCCCAUGACUCUGAAGGAGGCCUACGUGCAGAAGCUGGUGAAGGUUUGUAACGAGACCGACCGCUGGAGCCUCAUCUCGCUUUCCAACAACAGCGGGAAGAACGUGGAGCUCAAAUUCGUGGACUCUCUCCGGCGGCAGUUUGAGUUCAGCGUGGACUCCUUCCAGAUCAUCCUGGACUCGUUUCUGCUGUUUGGGGAGUGCUCGGAGAACCCCAUGUCCGAGAGCUUCCACCCCACGGUCACCGGGGAGAGCAUGUACGGGGACUUCGAGGAGGCGAUGGACCAUCUGCGGAGCAGGGUGAUCGCCACGAGGAACCCGGAGGAGAUCAGAGGUGGGGGGCUUCUGAAAUACUGCAACCUCUUGGUGAGGGGCUUUAAGCCCAAAUCGGAAGCGGAUAUGAAGGUGCUACAGCGAUACAUGUGCUCCAGGUUCUUCAUAGACUUCUCAGACAUCGGGGAGCAGCAGAGGAAGCUGGAGUGCUACCUUCAGAGCCACUUUGUCGGGAUGGAGAGCAAACGAUAUGACUAUUUGAUGACCCUCCACAGGGUGGUCAAUGAGAGCACGGUCUGUCUCAUGGGACACGAAAGGAGGCAGACCCUGAACCUCAUUGCCAUGCUGGCUGUCAGAGUCCUGGCUGAGCAGAACAUCAUCCCCACCAUCACAAACGUUACCUGCUACUACCAGCCAGCUCCUUACGUCAGCGAAAUAAACUUCAACUACUACGUCGCCCACGUGCAACCCUUCCUGCCUUGCAAUCAGUCCUACCCGACGUGGCUUCCCUGUAACUGAGCCAGGACAAACAUCAGGGUCUGUCCUCCGAGGUAUUUCCUUGCCUUGGGGAAUGGGGAGAGUGGGGGGCAAAAAGAAAAGAGGAAAAAAAAAACUUUCUAGAACUCUAAGCAAAGGAAACUUCCUGGACUCGUAAGCGUCUCGUUCCUGGGGUGGCUGGAACGAGGCCUGUCUGCUGUACACUGUGAUGGGAAGUGCAGUGCGUUGGAAAUGAGAGAACUCGGACGUUUACAGGAAGACUCGAUUGCUUUUUGAAUCCUGGAGGGCAGGGAAGCGCGAGGGGAGACUGUAGAGUUCUGCUGAGGUAGAGCUGCACUGCCCUGAAACGGAUCUGAAUUGGGAUUUAUGUUUGUUUUAGUGCGGGAGGUGUUAUGGGUGUGCAGACUUGUGGUUUCUGAAGAUAGAAGCCAGAGUGGCUAAUUCCUUUGAUGGACCAAAGAAUCCUGUUUAAGUGCCUGUAACAAUAUAAACACAACUGUACUGUAAACCUUCAUUUUCUUUUGCAGGGGCUGACAUCCCGAGAGCUCGAGUGGGGAUGUCCAGAGAGCAAAACGUUUCUGUUGCGGGGUGGGGGGGUCGUAAGAUCAUUUCUAGUAGCCUCGCGGAAGCACGAAUGGGAUGCGGGUUACGUGUCGCUGAGGUUUUCUGAUGGCUUGGCGCCUGGGGGGGGGACGAGUGACCCCGUGGGGACGCCUGAAACUGGGGACACUGGGGGCGGGGGGAGAACGUGCAGAGCUUUGUGGAGAAAAGGCACCAGGGACUUGCAGAUGAAUUUACUCAAGCUCCCAAGUCUGUGGUGCCAAAAUGUGAUUGUGUCCAUAAACGGGGAGGCAGGUCUGUCCAGGCUGCUCUACCUAAUCCUGUAUUUUCUAGGGGAAUUUGAAAUGCUGCUUGUAUGAUUUUUUUUUUUCGGCAUGCUGUGUGGUUUUAAUGCACAAAGGCAGAAAACCAGCUGGGUUAUCCGGGGAGAUGAGGCUUGUCCUUUGAAGCACAAACCAACUAGUUCACUAGUCAGUUCUACCUCCAGCUCUUACUGUGGUGGGGCUGGAGCCUGUGUCCUUCUAGGAGACAGACAGACAGACCUUCUCCAGCCUCCUGUGGCUGGAGAUCUUCCCUCGGGCAGGUCCUCUCUUCAAAAGCAGCUAUUUCCAGCUAGGUGAUUCCACAUGUGAGCCGCUGAUAGCGUUUGAAAUUCAUCCUCUAGCUAGAAAUUCCGCUUGGGCGGGGGGGUGGGAAGUUGUGCGAAAGUCAGUUGGAAAUAAAAACCCCAAACCUAUGUGUUUUCUAAACAAACCCCCUGGAGGGUUUGGCUUUCAGUCAACUGUGGCUUUGAAGUCGUUGGGUGUCGAAGAGCACAGUUGUUUUUCACGGGGGUCGCUGUGUCCCUCCGGGGAGACCGUCGGCUCCGGUUUAACCGCGCUCCCGGUGCUGCUCGGUAACACCGCGGCUCUGCGGGCCGGCACACUCGAGUUCCUUCAAUUUGGGGUUUUUUGUUGUUUUUUUUUGUGACAAAACUGUAACGAAUAGCUGGGCAGACAAUGCUCUAAUAAAAGACUUAGAUCCUUGGAAUGCACAUAGCCAGAUUGCUCCCUUUUUUGGGGUGGAGUGGGUGUAAGGGGGUUGGGGGGGGAGUGAUUUUGGGGGCUUUUGGACUUAACACAAACUAACCAAUUUACAGCCGGUCCGGCUUUGCUUCCUGUUCAGUCAGAGCUGAAAAAGUGUCACUAACGAUGUAGUUACUACAGGUUUAACCGCCUCCCCUAGAACAGCUUUGCCUUCACGGCCAAGCUGCUGCGGCAACUCUACCACAGCCCCGAAAUCCCUGGUGCCCGGAGCCUCAUCCACGCGGUGGGGCUGAGAUUCCCCAGUGCAAGGUAAAACUGCUUUGAGAUGCCGCCUCACGGCUUCAAGGGAAGAUAUAUAUAUAUUUUCCUCGCGUUUUAACCUUCAGAUGAACAUAGAUGGCAUGUACCGUGCUUUUUGAACAGGCUGCUCACCCCCUGCCCACAGCCACGUAGGCGCACUGAACUGAGAUUCCCUCCUUCCCGUUACAGAUGUCGAGAUUCCCAACAGGGCGACUUAAUGUUGAGAUUGCACUUUUGAUUGACGGUGUGUGUGCGGUGGGACUCCUGUGAAUGGGUUGAAUCUGAAUUUUUCUAGACCUUGCAGUGAUACUGUGCUGCCUCCUGUGAGGGGCAAUUGCAAGAUUCCGGUAGCUUGAAUGACACUUGAUUUUUUUGGUUUAAAUGUCUUUUUUUUUUCCUACACCUGUAUCACUUGUCAUGCGAUGGGCUUGACAUAGACUCACUAGAUUCUUUAGAAUCUGUUACAAAUAAAUACAGUGUAUUCAAA